UUCUCUUCUCCUAAAACCAAAGGAUUUUUAUUAGUAAGAGCACAGAGGGCUAAAAGAUCAGUAGUAGUAGAAAGGUUAUAAGGUGUUCUUCAGUCUUCAACAUUUCCUCUCUCUUCUGAAAGCAUGUGAAAGGUGUUAAGUUCUGAAGCAACUCCAACCUGAGGUUUUCUUGAACUCUACUCAGACUCAUGGAGAUCAAGAGCAAGCCAUGGAACAUGUUGUUCCUAGUCUUCCUCGGGCAGCUAGUCUCCUUUUCCAUGGCAGUAUGCAGCUUUGUCACAUCUGAGAUUUCUAGCCUCGGAGCCGAUGCACGACUUACACAGUCAUUCUUUUCGUACCUGCUGCUGGCUCUAGUUUAUGGAGCAAUUCUCCUGCAUCGACAACAAAAGUUACUAAUACCAUGGUAUUGGUACCUCGCCCUGGUCUUCAUCGAUGUCCAGGGAAAUUGUCUAGCGAUCAAGGCAUACCACUACUCAUACAUAACCAGCGUAAACUUGUUGAACUGUUGCACCAUCCCAUGGGUCAUGAUCCUCACCAGGUUUGCACUAGGGACGAGAUAUUCUUUCUGGCAAUUUGUAGGAGCAGGGACUUGCAUGGCUGGACUUGCCCUGGUACUCCUCUCAGACUCAAAUUAUUCAGAUAUGCAGGAUGCAAGUAAAAGACCACUUUGGGGGGAUGCCCUUAUCAUUGCUGCAACAUUUUGUUUUGCGUUUAGCAACGUCGGGGAGGAAUACUGUGUCAAGAAUAAAGACAAAAUUGAAUUUGUUGCAAUGCUUGGAAUACUCGGGAUGCUUGUCACUGGAAUUCAGCUAUCUCUUUUCGAGAGGAAGAAUAUAGAGGCAAUUAAUUGGUCUCCAACGAUGAUAAGUCUCUUCAUUGGAUUUGCAGUAGCAUCUUUAGUGUUCAGCACCAUUACCCCUUGUGUUCUUAAGAUGAGUGGAGCAACUAUGUUUAACCUCUCACUUUUAACAACUGAUGUUUGGGCAGUUAUCAUUCGAGUUUUCCUCUAUCAUCAGCAGGUAAAUUGGCUCUACUAUCUAGCAUAUGCAGUGGUACCCAUAGGAUUGAUCAUUUACUCCAUGAAUGAGAGUUCAGAUGAUGAGAAAGCUCCAAGUACAAUGGAAACUGAAACUCAGUACGAACAACUUUCGUGAGAGUAAACUGGUGGUGCUAUUUGGAGAAGGCAAAGAAGAAGAAGAAAGAGAACAUCAUGAAGAUCACAUAUGUUAAUGGGUUAAUGAAGAAAAGUAACCUCCAGAUAAUGGAACAUGUUUUUUUUUUUUGGAAAACAGAUGUAAUGACAUAAUAUAUGUGAAAUACUGCAACCAUGGAUUUGUGAAACAGGAACUGGCCCUUAAACUUGAA